AUGGUGCGUCUAAACACGCUAUACUUGUGCGAAUGGUGCCGGUUCCACUUCCGCUCCCGUGCUGCCCUCAUCGCGCACAAGCAUCGCAGUCGCAUGUGUCAUCGCCUGCGGUCGAGGUUCAUUAGGAACCAUUCUGACAACACAAAUGGGGCGGCGAUGCAGGGCGUCCAGGCUCCACCACCGGCACCGACCAAUCCGCCUGUAGUCGCUGCCCAUCCCGCUCCACCCGCGCCUGCUCCGGCGCCAGCCGUGACGCACGCUGAUGAGGAUAUGUUGUAUGCGCAGGGUGGUCCCGCGGCAGCUACGGUCACGCACGACAGUGACUCAGACAGCUCUGACGGCGAUACGAGUGAGGAGGACUCCGAUGCAGACUCCGAAGAGUCUUGUGAGACAGUAUCUCGUCCGGGGCCGAACUUUGACACUCUACUGGAGGUGUACCGGUUCAUCACCGGAUGCAACAAUGGGCGAGGUCUUUCCAACGAGAGUACCGUCUGGCUGCUGAACAUCCUUCGCGAGGAGCGUCUUAACCUGGAACUGCUGCGCCUAUGGAGGUCAGCGCACUCAGUGGCGCAAUACGGCCUGUCGCUCAUGAUGGCCAGGCGUCAGUACGAGAAACGCACCGUGCAUGUGGACGGGUGGCCGUCACCCUUCACCGUCACGUGCACAGAUGGGUCUGAGGCCGUGCUUGAACUGGUCGGGAAUCCCGACAACGCUGAGGAGUUUAUCCUUUUUGCGCGACAUGAGUAUUCUGCUGGUGGUCGGAUCUACACCACUCCUGAGACCGGCACCUACUGGGAAGAGGCGCAGGCUGCGGCGAGGCGCGUGUUUGGUCCGGAAGCGGUCGUGGUUCCCCUGAUUCUCUCGAGCGACGCGACUGUACUCAGCGGUAACGAACGUACGAAGGUGUGGGCGGUUUACAUAUCAAUCGCCAACAUCCCUCUCAGGCGCAGAUGGCUAGACAGCGGGAGGAUUCUACUCGCCAUGCUACCUUUCCCCCCCAGCCAGAUGAAUCCCGCACAGAAGGUUGCUCUGUUUCAGGUGGCGAUGAAAGUGGUGCUUGCCGACCUCAUCGUCGCGUCCCACACCGGCUUGAUGGCGAAAGAUCCCAACGGCGUUCCGCGGUUCAUUGUGCCUCUGCUUUUUUCCUAUGUCGCGGACUACCCUGAGACCUGCAAGGUCACAUGCACCAUGCAGUUAGGCUCCACUAUGCCCUGCUCCACUUGCUACGUCGGUCGCGACCAGCUGGGAGACAUGGACCGAGAUCCAGCCGCGGCGCGUGAUGUUGACCGACAGGAGGGCCUGCUCCUGGACCCGAACGAGGCGGCUGCCCACAGCACGCUGUGCAUCCCAGUGGUGCCUUUCCUCGUGGAGGGCGAGGGAACGUCAGUCUCGCGACGGGCCCUCGUUGCGGUUCUGCAGUGGCACGAGAGCUGUGUGCGGGCCCCCUUCCACACCGACCAGUCGCUGGUCGAUUUCGAGGAGGCAACUCGCAGGUUCAUCCGUAUCCCUGCCGCCCCUUCAUGCCUCGCCCUGAUGCACAGGAUGGUGAAGAAUCUUGAGGAGAACUUCCCACGCGAUGGCGCGGGGUGGAACCUUGUCAAGAUCCACGUCAUUGUGACGCACUUGCACGAGGCCAUCAAGCGGGCGGGCCUUCCGCGCGAGUUCUCUGCCACCGUCUAUGAGAACGCUCAUAUCAGGACCUGCAAGCUUCCGUACCGCACCUCCAACCGCAGGGAUCACACGGCAGCGAUUGCUGCCCACAACGCGACGGCAGCACAGCUCUCCCGGCUGAGCACGGCACUCCCGGCUGGGAGGAGGAACGCCACUGCGCUGGUCCGGGCGAUCGCCACGGGAAGGCCGCAGCUGAAGCAUGCACGGAGGUCCUUGACGGACCCCGUCAUCCGUGUCGGCGGCGCCACGACCGUGUUCGGUGAGAUCAACACCGUGCUGGGUGGCCUGCUGGACAGCUACAUGGAAGUCAUGCGGGAUGGUGGCCUGCUCGGAUUCCCCGCAUGGGUGAGAAAUCCCCUGGGCUCCCGGCAUGCUAGCCACAAGGCUAUGGCGCUACCCGCCAUGGCCCUCGAUUUCGGGUCGACGAGGCCACACUACGCACGGGCAGCGACGUCCAUGCACGGCCACCCGGCCUUCUCGUACGUUGAGUACGAGACAGAGACCGGGGCGACGCUGCACGGGCGCCUGCUGCUGCUCCUUGAGGCGGAGUUUGAGGAGGGACCAUCCGACGCCAUGACGACUGAGGUCGCCGUGGUCCUGCGCCUGGUCGAGCAGGGGCACGAUGAGUGCACUGGAUGCACGAGGCUUGUCGCGCCUGCCGCACGAGCAGGCCUGGGGGUCAUUCCGGUGACUGCCCUGCGGCUGGCGGUGCAUUGUGUCCCUUCCUUUGUGGAGGAAGGGAUCUGGUUUCUGAACCGGUGGGCGUACCGCUGCUUCGAGGCCGGUCCCUAG